CCCUCUUCAGGCCUCUCUGACCCCUCUUCAGGCCUCUAUGACCCCUCCUCAGGCCUCUCUGACCCCUCCUCAGGCCUCUCUGACCCCUCCUCAGGUCUCUCUGACCCCUCUUCAGACCUCUGAACCCUCCUCAGACCUCUAUGACCCCUCCUCAGGCCUCUCUGAACCCUCCUCAGGCCUCUAUGACCCCUCCUCAGGCCUCUAUGACCCCUCCUCAGGCCUCUCUGAACCCUCCUCAGGCCUCUAUGAGUUUUUACUUAACACGACUGAAAUCAGCGACUUCUUUCUCCUGCAGAUCUACGAGGCCAUUGACAAUCGUGAGGGUUCUUUCUGCGCAGAGCUGCUCUCCUUCAAACACCCUCAUGUCGCCAACCCCCGCCUCCAGCUGGCCAGUCCGGAAGAGAAGUGCCAGCAGGUUCUGGAGCCGCCAUAUGACGAGAUGGUCGCUGCUCAUCUGAGGUGUACGUACGCGGUGGCCAAUCACGACUUCAUUGAAGCCUACAAGUUCCAGACGCUGGUCGUUCAGUCCUUCCUGAGGGCCUUCCAGUCCCAUAAAGAGGAGAACUGGGCCCUGCCCGUCAUGUUCGCUGUCACUCUGGAUCUUCGGAUAUUCGCCAACAACGCGGAGCAGCAGCUGCAGAAGAAGGGUAAAGGCCAGCCGGGUGAGAUGCUGGAGAAGGCUGCGGAGCAGCUGAUGAGCUGCUUCAGAGUUUGCGCCAGCGACAACCGAGCCAGCAUCGAGGACUCCAAGAAGUGGGGGAUGAUGUUUCUGAGCAACCAGCUCUUCAAGAUCUACUUCAAGAUCAAUAAGCUGCACCUGUGCAAACCUCUGAUCAGAGCCAUCGACAGCUCCAACCUGAAGAACGACUACAGUCCUGCUCAGAAAGUCACCUACAAAUACUACGUGGGGCGCAAAGCCAUGUUCGACAGCGACUUCAAGCCAGCCGAGGAGUUCCUGUCCUACGCCUUCCACCACUGCCACCCGUCCAGCCAGAAGAACAAGAGGAUGAUCCUCAUUUACCUGCUGCCAGUCAAGAUGCUGCUGGGUCACAUGCCGACUCAUCAGCUCCUCAGAAAGUACGACCUCAUGCAGUUUGCUGAUGUCACCAAAGCUGUGAGUGAAGGGAACCUGCUGCUGCUGAACGAGGCCCUGUCCAAACACGAGACCUUCUUCAUCCGCUGUGGCAUCUUCCUCAUCCUGGAGAAGCUGAAGAUCAUCACCUACAGGAACCUCUUCAAGAAAGUGUAUCUGCUGCUGAAGACUCACCAGCUGCCUCUGGACGCCUUCCUCGUGGCUCUGAGGAUGAUGCAGGUGGAGGACGUCGACCUCGAUGAGGUGCAGUGCCUCCUGGCCAACCUCAUUUACAUGGGUCACAUUAAAGGCUACAUCUCCCACCAGCACCAGAAGCUGGUGGUCAGCAAACAGAAUCCCUUCCCUCCUCUGUCCUCUGUCUCCUAGACUACGUUACCCAUAAUCCCCCAGCUUGUGGAAACCUUCCUUUUUUUUCUUUUUUUUUUGUACAGUAAAAUAGUGUUGAAUAAAACAGAUACUGGUU